GCCACAGGCGCGGUCCCGCCCUCUCCCUCUUUAGCGCCUUGAAAGACACGUGACGCAGGCGGACUUUUUUCCUCUCCCUGCCCUCAGAUAUCCCUGCGCCGCGGAGGAGGACGCAAUUCCUAGCCAUUUCUUUCAAUCUGAGCAAAGGGAGGGCGGUGAUCAGUAAGGCCCGCCUCCUCGCGUCCUGCGAUUAGCAGCGAGUUCUCCCAAUGGUCUGCUUCCCGUUCCGUGACGCUAGCGGCGCGGUCCAAUGGGAGCGCAGGGGCGGGGCUCGACCAGGGCUGUAAGACGCCAUCGCCGGCCGACUCCUCCUGGCGCGGAAGAAGCUGUUGUUGUUGGCUGAGGCGCUGAGCGCGUUCGGUCCGCGCCGCCGCCAUUUUGUGAGAGUGUCUCGGGCGGGCGGGCGCCAUGUUUGUAAGGAAGAAAUAACCGGGCAUCUCCGGCCACCAGCACUCCCUACCCCCCGUGUGUCCUCCUCCUCCUGUGCCCCGGGCCUGCUCCUCCGCGCCGCGCCGCCGGCCCCGCCUGCCCGCACGGACUGCCAGAGCGGGCAGCGGGGCGGCCGGGCUCACCCUGUGCAGCCUCCUGCACAGAGUGACUGUUAGUGUCUCACUAAGUAACCGUGAGUGAAACCUUCAUCAUCUCUCCUCGCUGAGGGACCGACCCUCCUGCGCCUCCUCAGCGAGCCUCCUGCGCCGCCGAGUGCGCGCCGCCUCCUCCGCCUCCUCCUCACCGUCACCACGGGCAGCAGCAGUGUCCUGCCUUCCUCCUCCACUCCCUCCUCCUGCUCACCCCCGGGCCCGCACCAUGGCCUUUGAAAGCCUGUUCGCCAACCCCCCAAACCCAGCCCUUGGCCCAAACAUGCCCGACUCUGACAGGCACCAUGCGGGGGACGAAAGGGAAGAUGGUGAGCUAGAAGAUGGUGAAAUAGAUGAUGCAGGAUUUGAAGAAGUUCAGGAAGAACAGGAUGCAAAAGGGGAAGAUAAAGAGAAAAAUGAAAAAGCACAUAGAAAAUCACGAAAGAAACGCAAAAAAGAAAAGGAAAAGAAAAAAUCAAAAAGGAGAAGACGGGAUAAACAUAAGCAUAAUUCCCCCUCCAGUGAUGACAGUUCAGACUACAGCCUGGAUUCUGAUAUUGAACGUACAGAAAGACCACAUAAGAAGGGAGUUGGUUUGUACAGAGAUUAUGAUAGCUCAUUCCUUCAGCAUGGACAUUUAUCAGGAAACUACAUGACUUCCCAGAAGGCACAACAUAAUAAAAAAUUAAAAAAUAAGGAAUAUGAUGAAUACACUAAUUACAGUGAUGAUAACUUUGGUAACUAUAAUGAAGAAGAAAAGGAGGAGGAUUUUGCUGAUCAGUUAAAACAAUACAGAAAAGCUAAAGAAACUUCAAAUACUGAUUUAGGAGCUCCAUUUCCUAAAGAACCAGUGAAAAAACAGGGGAUGAAAGGAAUCCAGAAAGGUAUUGCACAAAGGGGUUUUGGUGUUGGUCGAGGGCGUGGAAUUCAGAAGAAGUUGAAGCGUAAAGAUCGUGGAAGGGGGAGAGGGGCCAAUAAAGGACCUGAUGGCUUUCAAGAGGAAGGCAAACCAGUGAAGAAAUGGGUGAAUAUGAGUCAGGAAUUCAUAAAUCAACAUACGGUGGAACAUAAAGGAAAACAAAUUUGUAAAUAUUUUCUUGAGGGAAGAUGUAUUAAGGGAGACCAGUGUAAAUUUGAUCAUGAUGCAGAGAUAGAGAAGAAAAAGGAAAUCUGCAAGUGUUACACAGGUUAUUGUACCAAAGGAGAGAACUGCAUUUAUUUGCAUAAUGAAUUUCCUUGCAAGUUCUAUCAUACAGGAGCAAAAUGUUACCAAGGGGAUAAGUGCAAGUUUUCUCAUGCUCCAUUAACUAAAGAAACAAAAGAACUGCUAGAUAAGGUUUUGAAUACUGAAGAGGCCACAAAUGAAGAUGAAAAAGAACUGGAGGAACUCAGAAAGCGUGGCAUAGUUCCUCUUCCUAAGCCACCUCCAGGAGUUGGACUUCUGCCAACUCCACCUGAGCAAUUUUCGUUUUCUGAGUCUGAUACAGAAAAUUUUCAAGAUCCUUCUGGUGAAUUCAAGAAAAUUCCAUCUCUGUUUGAGAUCGUUGUGAAACCUACUGUGGAUUUAGCACACAAGAUUGGAAAAAAGCCACCAACAUUCUAUAACAGCACAUCACCACCAAGACCGCAGUUUCAGGGAAAUGACCAACAUCCUCAGCAUAUGUAUAAUCCAGGGUCAAGUCCAGGGCCUGGUCCCAGCAUACCACAAGGACAUAAUGGACCGGUAAUGCACCCAGGUUCUCCUGGGCAUCACCAAUGUACAGGACCCCAAGGUCCAGCAAUGCCACACAGCCCUCCUUUGCAGCCUGUUCCACCAGGCUUUUUAGGACCACAGGGUCAAACUGGCAUACCAAUUCAAGCACAAGCUGGUCCAUCUUUAACACCUCCAGGCAUUGGUGCACCAUACAACACUCCAGGAGUUCAAGGACAUAUGAUGAAUAUACCCAGAGAGAAUCAUUGCCCACCAGGCCCACUGUAUCAGCAGAUUCCUGGUGAACGACAGCAGAAUAUCAAUUAUGAAUCUAUUCAGAACCCAGCUGAUUUCUAUGACAAUUACUAUUCACAUCAAGCUGUACAUAGCUUUCAGCCAACUAAUAGCACAGGAGAUGGAACAUGGCAUGGAGAAUUUAGUGAUCAUCAGGCUCACCUCAUUGUUCAAGAUUCACAUAAGAGUGGAAAUGAGUCAGAUCGUGUCAGUAAAACAGGCCAUAAACCUGCUAUUAAUGUACCGGAUUUUCUUCCAGCAAUGCAGAAAGCCCUUUUUGUAAGACUUAGUCAAAAACAGCAAGAAGAUGGAGAACCAAUCAGCAGUCAGUCUCAGAGGGCAAUGAGCAAGGAAGAAGAUGAUAAUGUAAACUGGUACUCCAGUAGCGAAGAGGAAGAGGGAAGCAGUGUUAAAUCAAUAUUAAAAACCUUAAAGAAACAAACAGAGAAUAGGAAUCGGCAACAACAUUCCACAGAACAACAUAUGGUCAUUGUUCCUACUGACCCAAGACUUGCUAAAGAGAAAUGUUUAGGGACCCAGGCUGUUGAUCCAAGACUGAGAUCCACUCCUAGAUCAAAUACUAGGAAACCUACAGAGUCGUCCUCUUUUGACCCAAGGCUUGCACGGGAUCCCAGAAUGUUAAAGGUUAAUGAAAGUGGUCUUGCAAGUUCUUCUGUUAGUGGAACAAAGUUAGAUUUACAUCAUGCACCCACUGGAGUUAAGGUCAAGCAAAAAGGAAUGGAUGAUGAUGAAGAGGAUGCAGAACGAGAAUUGAGAGAGAGAGCUUUUCUAAUACCUUUGGAACCUUUACCUGGUGUAACAUUAAGGGAUCCAAGAUCUCAGCUUCGACAGUUUAGCCACAUUAAAAUGGAUAUUAUCCUGACCAAACCAAACUUUGCUAAACAUAUUGUAUGGGCUCCUGAAGAUCUACUUCCAAUACCCUUGCCUAAACCUGACCCGGUGUCUUCAAUUAAUUUACCUCUUCCUCCACUUAUAGCUGACCAGAGGCUUAAUAAAUUACGUAAUUUAAAAAGUGAUCCCCUUCCAAAUGCAAUGCCAGCUGACCCAAGACUGGCAGCAAAAGCAAAUAAUAUAACAAGCAGAAGUGGUUCUUUGGAUCAGUCUGCAGAUUUGCAUGCCAGUAGUUCAAGCAAAUUAGGAGAUCCUCGCUUACAAAAAAAUGUUGAUCCCAGACUCCACAGACUGUCUAGUACAGAUACUCACCAUGGAAUCACAAAGGAUUCUCAUCUUCCAAAAUUUGACCCUCGUCUAACUAGAUCUGAUGGUUCAUCCCAGCCCUCAGAAGCUGUAAUAUGUAAAUCUGACCCAGACAUUCUGCCUCCUUAUGCACCCAAACUGUCAUCAACAGGUGUUAGACUGGGAACUCCAAGCUCAAUACUUAGUGGUAUUAGUUUGUAUGAUCCAAGAGACCACAGUUCAGCUUCAUUAGACCCAGUGCCAGUUAAUUCAGGAGAGAAUGGAGAGAACCAGAAAAAAAAUUUGAAAAAUACUAGCAAAAAUGAAUCUGCUCUGUCAGAAGACAUGUUGCCACAGAUCUGCCCAAAUGUGGAUAAAAAUACCGAAGGGUCAGCAGAGGCCAAUUUAGAAAAAGCAAAUAGCAUCAAUAAAUCUCAGGCUAAGCACUCCAGUACUGCACCAGCAGUGCAUAAUCUUCCUAUCCAAGCUUUAUCAGGACUGAUCAGACCACAGUAUAGUGAUCCAAGGCAAGUCAGACAGCCUGGACAGAUCAAUCAAAUGCAAGAUAACGAUCCAAGUGGGGAAUCUGAUGAUAAGUCACUAAAAGAUGUUUUCAAGACUUUUGAUCCAACUGCUUCACCAUUUUGUUAGCAAUUGCUUUAUUAAGUCUUUUUACAGUUGUGAAUAUUGCAGUUUUCUGCUGUUUUGUAACUGGUUUACCUAUUUGCGUUAUUUAUUUUUAAAUUAUAAUUAUCAACACUUUUCAGCUGCUAAUCUCGGAACCACAUGCAGUUUCACAGUAUGCUAUAGUGUUUGCACAGUAUUUUCUAUAUAAUACUUUUCCAAUUUCAGGGAGACUAAUAAUUGACAUGUAGAAAAGACUCUCUAUCAUGUUAGAUCUGAUAAAAGCACUUUCAUUGUAAAUAAGUCAUUUAGAAUUCAACUCAGAAGACCUGUAUAUGUGUAAGCUGUCUCUUUCAUAAUCAACAUUUAGAUAUUAUGAUUGCCACUUUUGUAUGAUUGUAUAGAUUCAAGCAAUAUGAUGUACAUUACUGUGAGAGAGACUCAGACAAGAAUUGUCUUACUUAUCAAGCCAAACCUACUAACUGAAAUAUACAUAAAAGAAGUAAAAGGAAAAUGUUGAUCCUCCUUUUCAGAGCAGUUGAUGUAAGGCAUUGUUUUAUUCGUGCAGUCAAUAUUCUUAGUGUAAAAGAUACCUAUCACAUAUUGAGGAGUUAAAAUGUCAUAUCUUUUUAAAGUAUUUUAUUCUAUACUGUAUAUAGAAGAAAUUGUGAAGUACAUAACUAGAAGAACAUUACUGUUAAAGUGGAGAAUACCUAAGUUGUCUAAUACAAAAAAGUUUAUUUAAUUUUUCAUGCAUACACAAUUCUGAAUUAGUGCGAUAGCUUACAUUUUGGUGUUCAUGUAUUUCAAUGUAUUUUUGUAUUCAGCUGCUUAAUUUGUAUUGCUUUUUUUUGUAUUGAUGUAACUGCAGUACUUGUAUUCAUUGUGUCUUAUCACAUUUUUAACAAAAAAUUAAAAGAUACAAUCAAAGUCUGGUAGUCGCUGUUAAAUUGAUAAGUCUUCUAAAAUACCAGAUUGUUACACACAUGGAAAACAGUAAUGGAGCAAGUCUGAAGUAGAGAUGAUGAUUAAACUUGCUGUAUUAUACUCAGGAGCCACAAGAACUUGUUUCUCAAUUCUGCAGUCCUUUAGUAGGCAAAACUCUCAUUAAUUUCAAAGGGAGUGUUAGCUCAGUCAUGGGUUCAGGGUCAGACCUUUAGUAAGAGAGAGGGUUGGGGUUUUUUGGGAGGUGGAGUUGGUUUGUUUAUAUAAACUAAAAUAUGUAGAUAGUUACGCACAAUGACACACUCCGUAUGGAGUGUCCAGCAGUAUCAUGGAUUUCCUUUGAGCAUUCAUGGAGUAGCAGGCUCAGAUCAUAGCUGUCCUCAUUGUCUCCUUUGUUCCUCUCUUUGGGCUGUUUUUGUAUAUAGUUGAGUUGUAUAGCUAGUUGAUUGGUUUUUGUUUUAUUUAAAAAACUAGAUUUUGAUGCCUUCACUGCUGCAGGAAUCAUGGCUCCAGCCCACUUGGGUUACUCCCUUUCAUUAUAUCUCCUCUUAGUUGGGCUUUUUUCCUUUUCCAUUUAGUGUGGUGUUUGGCUUAGUUAGGACAUGUCAUGGCUGAGAUAACACCUUAAUGUUGAUCACGGAUGACUAUUUUAAGUGUCUGUUGUGCCUGUGUGAAAGCAGUAUUCCAUGCAAGUGCUGUAACUAGCUAUCUUAACUUCAUGAACAGAACUUCACUUUUCAAUUUGAUUUCCUGAUUAAUUUCUGAAACUUAAUGCUGUAUGAAUAAGUAGUUCUAUUAAAAAUCAAAAUACACAUAUUAAAUGGAUAAAAGCUGGCAUGCUCAUAGAUCUGAAAACAGUUGUUAAUUCAGAGUUAUCAACUAGUGGGAUUGGUGGUUGGGUCAAGUGCUGUUCAGUACCUAAUUAUCUGGAAAAAAUACAAAUAAUACAAAUGUAUAAAGUUUGCAGGUGACACAAAGAUUGGUGGGGUAGUUAAAAAGAAUUACUUGGACAGGUGAGUAACCUGGAGUUUUUGGUAAGCUCAGGGAAGUUGAGCAAUAUGCAUAUUAAUACAACCAAAUGCAAGGCUUUACAUCUAGGAACAAAGAAUAUAGGUCACACCACCUGAUGGGGGCUGUAUUCUGGAAAGUUAUGACUCUGAAAAGAACUUAUGGGUUAUUGUAGGUAACCAACUGAAUAUGAACUUGCAAUGUGAUGCUGUAGUAAAAUGGGCUCAUGCUAUACUUAGAGAAUAUCUUGCAGGAAUAGGGAGGUGAUAUUAUCUCUGUAUGGCAUUAAUGAGACCACUACUGGAGUACUGUGUCCAUUUCUACUGUCCAUGGUUUUUAAAAGAUGUUGAAAAACUAGAGAGGGUUCAGAGAAGAUCUUCCAGAAUGAUUUGAGGAUAGCACCUUAAAGUGAGACACCUUUAAGGACCCUAUCCUAUUUAACUUAUUAGAGAUUUAGCCAUAGCUGCAAAUACCUCCACAGGGAAAAGAUAUCUGAUGGUUCUUUAAUACCAGAUAAAGGCAUAUCAAGAGCCAAUGGCUCAAAUUUAAUGAAAAUGAAAAAAAUUUAAUGGCAAGUGUAACUAGCCAUCAAAACAGCUCGCUUAGUAAUGUGAUGGAUUCUCCAUCACUUGUGGUCUUUAAAUUAGCCGAUCAGAUUUGUGGGUUUUUUUAAAAAUGGAAUUGUGGGUUUUGUGAUAAAAGCAUGAAUUUUGCCACAGUCUCAGGGUAUGGCCUAAUAAAGAUUUUCAGAUAUGAGGCCAUUGCCUACUCUUAAAAUAUCUGCCAAAGCUAACAUAAUAUUGUCUUAAUAGGCAAAUAAUAUUGUUUUACAGUUGGACUUACAAGGGGUGUAUUCUUGAGUUUGCUUCAACCCAUGACCUUAAAAUUGGUGAACACGUUUUUUUACUAAUUUUGAUUGUCAAUGUAGUCUUGGCAGAAUUGCAUCACAUAGCCCUUUUUUCUUUCAGAUGCUACCUUGGUUGUGUGAAAGCUGCUUGGUGAUUGGCUAAUAUUAACUUUACACAGUAGCUAAAAGAUACUAGAUUACUAUUGGCUAUUGCAAGUGCUUCAAACGUUAAAAAGAUAUACGCUUGCUCGAGAGUCAUCUCCAUCAACAGAGACAUCUCAUGCCUCUACUGACUGCGGCAAGUAAGUGUUAUGCCAGAAAGAGACAGAUGCAGAGUUGAUUAAUCCAGCAGAAUCAAAAAGAGAGUGUGCUGGAUCUGGCUAUCAAACUCUAGAAGAAAAUAUCAGAUGUUUCCAUUUCUCUUAUCCAUAGAUAUAUGCAGAUUAUGCUGAUGGUAUUGAAAAAACACUUUGAACAAAAAAAAUUGAUGUUGGCACAAAUCUUGCUACAUGAAGUUUAACAGGACCAAACUUAAAAGGGCUGGGGUGGAGGGAGCUGAGAAAGUUGUGGCUCAGACUGAAAAGGAAAUACGUUGAAGAGACCAACGGGGAAAAAAGGCAUUCUUUGUGAAAUGAACAUACUUUCAGAAGACCUCCAUGAAGUUCCUGCCCUCAGCAUUGAUAGUCGGGCUAGUUGGAAGUUUAUACUUCAGCUGCAAAAUCAGUGCUUGUUUGCAAAACUAAAUGCAGCAGACUUAACGGCCCAAGAGGCAAUAUAUCAUACAACAUGUCUGGUCUCUCUCUACAACAAAGUCAGGGAGAAGAAAACCAAGCAAAGCAACACAGAGAAUUUGUUGCAUGGAAUUGCCUUUGUUGAACUGAUAGCAUACGUUGAAGAGACAAGGUUGAAUGAAGAUGUGGCUGAAAUCUUUAAAAUAACAGACCUCACAAGGUUCUGUACAGCUAGAUUAGAACAGCUGGAGGGUGACACUGGCUGUGCAGAUUCACAGUGCAGAACUAAAAUCCCAUAUCCUUUCAUGCAUUGCAGAUCAACCAGAAUAUUGGACGUCCCCUCCGAAAAGCACGUGAGGAAGACUGACGAAGAAGCACUUCACCUGUCCCAAACAGCAAAAAUUAUUCAAAGGGACAUGUUUAAAUUGAAAACAAUUUACUGGAUCAUUUGAUGCUGGAUGCCAAGCAAAAUGUGUUCCUGAGUGAUUAUUGGCACUGAUGUCCAUAAUAUUGGAUGGUCCAAACAUUUAAAACUCAGAACAAAUUUCCAUUCAUCCAACUACCCUUAUUUUGGCACUACUAUUGCAGUACCACAGCAACAUCCAUUGCCACAAAGGAAUAGAAAAUUUGUACCACAACAAAGCUCAAUAAAUGCCUCUACCAAUCGACAUAUGCAGUGGUGUUUUAGCCAUGUUGGUCCCAGGAUAUUAGAGACACAUGCUGAGUGAGGUGAUAUUUUA